CCUUCACCAACCGGACAGCACCUGCAAGCCCCAGCAACUGCUCAGCUGCUGCAGCCUUCGCCAACCGGACAGCACCUGCAAGCCACGACAACUGGUCAGCCGCUUCAGCCUUCGCCAACUGGGCAGCACUUGCCAACUGGACAGCACCCGCAAGCCCGAGCAACUGCUCAGACAGCACCCGCAAGCCCCAGCACAGCCGCUUCAGCCUUCGCCGACCGGACAGCACUUGCCAACUGGACAGCACCCGCAAGCCCCAGCAGCUGGUCAGCCACUUCAGCCUCCGCCUGCCGGACAGCACUUGCCAACCGGACAGCACCUGCAAGCCCCAGCAGCUGGUCAGCCACUUCAGCCUUCGCCUGCCGGACAGCAGCACCUGCAAGCCCCAGCAGCUGGUCAGCCGCUUCAGCCUUCACCCGCCGGACAGCACUUGCCAACCGGACAGCACCCGCAAGCCCCAGCAGCUGGUCAGCCACUUCAGCUUUCGCCUGCCGGACAGCAGCUCCUGCAAGCCCCAGCAGCUGGUCAGCCGCUUCAGCCUUCACCCGCCGGACAGCACUUGCCAACCGGACAGCACCCGCAAGCCCCAGCAGCUGGUCAGCCACUUCAGCCUCCGCCUGCCGGACAGCACCCGCAAGCCCCAGCAGCUGGUCAGCCACUUCAGCCUCCGCCUGCCGGACAGCAGUUGCCAACCGGACAGCACCCGCAAGCCCAAGCACUUCUGCCGCAGCCGCACACCGCAGCUCCAAUCGGAGUUCGACGAGGUGUUGUUUGAGAAGGAGCUGGAACAGCAGAUGGUGCUCGACAACCUUGCUGAGCAGUUUGCAAACCACAAGCGCAAGUUUACAGCUGACCUCGAGGAAAUGGCGCGGCAGAGCCAGGCCGCUCGCCUUCAGCACAACGAAUUCCUAAGAGGACUGGAUGAGGAAUACAAUGAGCGGUGCAGGAGGCACAAGUUGGAGCUCAUCCGUCUGCAGGAUGAGGAAAGGGAGGCAAACGAAAGGGCAAAGGUGGCCAAGACUCGUGCAAGCGACACUGCGGCAGAGACUGCCAGAGGUCUUUUGCAGCAGAAGCUGCAAGCUAAGACGGAGCCGUCUACCCCAAGGGUCAGCCUGGCACAGACUGGCCAGCCUGUGCAGCACCAGCAAACCCUUGGUCAGCCGCUUCAGCCUCUACCUGCCGGACAGCACUUGCCAACCGGACAGCACCAGCAAGCUCCGACAACUGGUCUGCCGCUUCAGCCUUCACCUGCCGGACAGCACCCGCAAGCCCCAGCAACUCAGCCGCUUCAGGUUUCGCCUACCGGACAGCACUUGCCAACUGGACAGCACCCGCAAGCCACCGCAGCCAGCGCCGGCCAGCCUCUGCAGCCUUCAACAACCGGGCAGCACUUGCCAGGACAGCACCCGCCAGCCCCAGCAACUGGUCAGUCGCUGCAGCCUUCGCUUGUUGGACAGCACUUGCCAACUGGACAGCACCUGCAAGCUCAGGCGCUUCAGCCAGCCACAACAGCUGGCCAGCUGCUGCAGCCUUCGCCUGCCGAGCUCCAGCCUACGCCAAGCACCCGCUUCUUCACUCAAGCCAUGGGGAACGGCCACCAGCUACAGCCUGCGCCUACCGGACAGCACUUGCCAACCGGACAGCACCACCUGCAAGCCCCAGCAACUGGCCAGCCGCUGCAGCCUUCGCCGACCGGACAGCACUUGCCAACCGGACAGCACCACCCGCAAGCCACAACAGCUGGCCACCCGCUGCAGCCUUUGUCGACCGGACAGCACUUGCCGACCGUACAGCACCACGUGCAAGCCACAACAGCUGGCCAGCCGCUUCAGCUGUCGCCAACCGGCGAGCAAAUGGUGCAGGCAAGCCCCACUUCGUUGCCAGCGAGUGCCAUGUCAGAGUCGCCUGGCUCCGAGGCUACGGUAUCCUCACACGGGGGCCUCGGAAAGGUGUCGAGCUCCACACACCCAGCAGCUUGGCAGUUCCUGUACCGGCUCACGAACACCGUCGACAAGUUCGGCAACAAGAAGUGCAGUGAGGAGAUGUGGGAAGCCUGGAGGGAGCCCUCCAAGCGAGACAAGCUCCUUCACGACUUCGUGCACCGUUGCUGGAAGCCGCAGGAGACCCACCAGGAGAACAAGGAGUGGCGCACAUGCCUGGUCGGCUAUGAGUGGCUGACAGAGCGCGAGAUGAGGGAGAACCACAAGUGGGACGAGAUCACCAUCGCCGGAGCGAAAGAAUAUUGUCAGAAGAGGAAGCUCUUCAAAAAAUGCCUCUAUUCCCCCGAUCUCAAAUUUCUUGUGCAGACGAGCGACAAGGUGGAAACCGGCACAUCACGCACGAAGAGCCUCGAGCAAGAACUUGCAGAUUCCGGGCUGUGGGAUACAGAGUGGUCCGUAGGCGAUGUGUUAGGCCUCGAUGACGCCACAGAGGGUGCUGGCGAGGGGAACAACAAGCCUACGAAGCUGGUGGAAUUCCCUGAACCGGAGGGAAGCGAGACAUUGCAAGAGUAUCUGGGGCAAUACAAAAAAGCAGCUCUCAACAAAAAGGCUGUGCUGAAGUCUACGAAAGAGCGCUUGGUGAAAGACAACGCUGUGGGGCACCAGAAGCGAGCAUUUGUGGGGAUGUGCAACCAGAUCCGACUCGAGACAUACUUCGCGAAGGCUGCUCCCAAGGCGAAGGCCGCCAAAUCCAAGGCUGCAAAGCCAGCGGAGACGGCAGAGGGUGCUUAUGUACAAGCGCUAUCUUCAGAUCCUGAUGGUGAUUGCCUGGGAGCUGUUCUCGAUGCCUUCUCGGUGCGCUACUUUCGGAAAGGUGUGAUCAAGCACCCCUUCCUCAGCGUCUUCGACUUCGCCAGGCUGAGCUUUGGAAAGGAUGCUUCAGGAGCUUUUGGCAGUCCUUUCGUGAUCUGGAGCCGCAACAUGAAGUAUUUGAACGCCACAGCACUGCAUUGGAAAGCGAUGCACCUGACGAGGCACCAUGUGAAAAAGGAUAUUUGCCCGCAUUGUGACGCCAACAUCACGACUGUCCCGUUUGAGGAUAUGAGUGCCGAUGCAGCCUGGAUCAGCACCAUCGGCCGGAGCCAACCAUGGACAAAGCCACCCGUGUUUGCUGCACUUCCAGGUGGCGACACAUCCAGUUUCAUAAGGCUGGACACUUUUCACUUGGGUGCACUCGGAGUUGGACAAUACCUGGCCCCGUCGGUGCUGGGUGUGCUCAUCGCCCAGUUCAAGCACUUUACCCCGGCGGCUAGCAAACAGCGUGACAUUGAAAGCAGGCUGGCUGUUGCUCACGAGUUUUUCUUGGCGUUUUGCAAUGCCAAGAAGCGAUGCCCGCGUGAUCUCAAAGAUUUCACAAAAAGCAAUAUGCACUGGCCGGACCAAGCUACAUACCCGAUGCUGUCUUGCAAAGCUGCAGACACGAUUUUGAUGCUGGAGUGGCUGGAAGACUAUAUGGUGAAUGUUCCAUUGGAUCUUUCAGACCGCUUGUUAAAGCUCUGCUCGGAUGCUCUGACAUCUUACAAUGCAUUCUUCCGACUUUGCCAUCAUUCAGAGAGCCGGGUGUGGUGGACAGCUGGCGAAGCUGCCACUGGGUUGAUGGCCCUCACAACUUUUUUGAGGUCAUACCAUGCAGCGGCAGUGGAGUGCUACCAGCGGCGUUGGAGUUACUUCAAUUUCGUCCCAAAGAUGCACUACUUGGCCCACGUCGCAUUCGAUGUUUAUGUGCCCCUUUCAAAGGGCAAACCUGUUUACAACCCCAGCCUUUGGGCAACACAAAUGGCCGAAGAUUAUGUGGGGAGCAUGUGCAAGAUGUCUAGCAAUACGAACCCAUCCAAUGUUGCUCGCCGUGGCAUCGACAAGUAUCUAGUGAGAGCUAGAAGGGUGUGGCUCAAAGAAGCCGCAGAAAAGCAGGCCAGGGCUGGCUGA